GCCACGCGCAGCUGUGCAAAACAAACAAGAGUCCGAGUCGAGGUAGUGAGUGACCUGUUGAUUUCCGUCUUUUUCCCUUCUUCCCGAGCCCGCACUCGCUGACGCCCGACCUGCCAUCGGAAAUACGGGGAGAGAGAGUGGCUGCAACACGUGCGCCGAGGGAGAGACAAGGAACCUGGAGAUAAAAGAGAAAAAAUCGCCGAAGAGUGCGAGGCGACGGCGACCGUCAGCUGGAGGACAAGGUCUUCCUCUUCCUUCAAGUCAGCAAAAAGUCGAGCAAAAUUUUCUGGUUCGAGCCCAAGGCGGAAGGCCACGAUGACCAGCUACAUCAAGGGGAUCUACAGCUACGUCAGACCGGGUAGUGAAACUGCAGCGCCAGCUACGUCCAGCCCUGCCACAAGCCCUGCCACAAGCCCCACGCAAAGUCCGCCCCAAACACCCACGGAGGCCAAGCCGGAGCAGCAGCCAGGCUAUCUGAAAUGGGCUGUGUCUGGGGUGGCUUCAGGCAUCUAUAACGUAGGCUCCAACACCCUGGGUGCAGGCGUCACGAGUGUGAAGUGGGUGGCUGGCACGACCUACAACGUGGGGGCAGGCGUGGUCGGGACAGCUGGCACUGUUGUAGGAACGGUAGCGGGCACGGCAGGCACUGUGGCCAGUUCGGUGGGCUCAGGAGCUUCCGCAAUCGUCUCCAAGGUCGCCACAAAGAAAAAGGAACAUUCAGACUAAGGGAUGGUAUAAUGGUAUAAUUUUUUAUUUUUAUAGUUUUGGUCCUCUUUUUAUAUAUAGAUAUAUAACCACUUAUUUUACCGUAGCGGUUUCGUAUUGAAGUCACGUAUGAGAGAACCAUCCAAGUGCUUCAAAAAAAUUGGCAGCUUUUUUUUUUCUCUUGCUCUCUUUUGUGUGUGUUUAUGAUACAGUAUUGUAAAUAAAUGUGAAAAGAGAAAAAAAGAAUGGAAUUAAAAUAAGAAAUCAAGAUAGGUGCUACUGUACAGUAAGAAAAAUUGUAUACUUACAGAAAUUGUGAAAUAGAUUCCCUCUCAAAAGAGAAAAAAAGGGUGAAAAACAGAUUAGCAGUAUGUAGGGGAUAUGGUAUCGUGGAUUUAUUGAGGAAACCUUGUAGUUUGAAAUCUGUCGAAGGUUCACUUUGAAGUACUUUGUAUUGGAUACUAAAUAUAACUUUCCAGAAUGAGUUUGUUGACAGUAGCAAAAACAAGCAAAUAAAAACCACAAAGCAAAGUCUGGGCAUUGAGGUAGGUAUUCAUUCUUUCAACAGUGUCCGGUAUCCAUGAGCAAAUCAAGAGACGAUUCAAAUAUAUUAUUAAAACAGAGAGCUCUCCGAGAGUUAAGAAAGUUUACACAAGCCGAAUUCUUUUUCCCAGGGAAGAUUUUAAUGGAUGGGAUUUGUUUGAGCGUAUGUAAUCGUGGGAUUAUAGCUUUACAUAAGAGAUUAGUGGUAGGAGGAUUCCUGGUUGUCGUAUGAUAAGUAAAGGAAUUGUCUGUUUAAUACCCAAUGAUCUUAGUGUUGUGAAUAGAGAUGGCAGGAAACAAAGGCAAGUUUGUUUAGGCCAAGCACCCGAGUCAUAAAGAGAGUGAUAGUCCUUGCUUGGAUAUUCUUUUUAUCGUAUUUUUCUCCCCAAAGACCUGCUUCAGCCAUGAUUAGUCAGACUCAGGAUUAAAGGGAAAAGAGUUUGGUUCCCAUUAAGCAAAGUGCUUCCAUAGACUUGGUAACCUACUGUGUCUGUCAAAAAUGUAACUUUAGGUGUUGAGACAAUCGUGAGUGUUUGGCUUUGUACUACAUGGUACGUAGAUGUACUUUAGGCAUUAAAGCAAUACAUUAUUUUUUGGUAGACCUUUUUACCUGUUGAGAGCAGAAAGGAUUUCAGGAAGUAAUAUCCUGGUUAUUGCUUUUUAUGCAUUGUUGAUACAGUAAUUUUUGCAAGAAUGACAGUGAAGUGAAGUAGUAAUAGAUUAUUUUUGUGAAUGGAGUCGUGGAGAUAUUCUAGAUUUUAGCAAAUUCAGUAGGAAAAAAAGGACAAAAAAAAACAAACAAACAUUAAUUUGUAAAACAGAUGCAAUAAAUGGUAGUUGGUUUUGAUGUGAGGAAAAUCUUUCUAAUGACUUUGAUGAUGGUAUUUUUACAUACAAUUUGCAGAAAAUUUCUUUAUAUCAGUUAUUCCUAUGAAACUGGACUUUGAACUUGCCAGAACCAUUUGUUAUGCUUAGAAAAUAAAUGUAAUAGCUAAGUUUUUACAGGAUCUUCAUAGAAUUAUUCAUGUGCAUGCAGUUAGGUUUAAGGAAAGACAUUGCAAGGAAAAUGUUCACCAUAAAAGAGUAAACUUGCAGAUUUCUUGCACUGCAGACAAGAAAAAUGUGAGCUCACGAUGAAAAUGGCUUUUGCCCUCCCUUGUAAAUCUGAUCUCAUUUCUGAUCACACUUUUGACAAGGAUUUCUAGGAUUAUUAUGAUUUUUUUUAUAGCCAAGUUCCUUAAUAGAGCUCAUUCAUUUUUUCCCCCCUUUUUUCUAGUAUGUAGUUCCUUGUUUUUCAAUGUACAGUUCCUCAUUCAUCUAUUUUUAGUUUGCUUCAAAUAUAUAGUUUAUAUUCCUUUUCCGAGUUCAGUUUCAGUACAUAGUUCCUCAUAUUAUAAACCAGAUGUAUGCUGUACUCUCUUAAACUGAAGAUUCUGUUCUAGGUAAUAUGUUUGAUUAUAAUAAUUUAGUUAAUGCAAAUGCUAUGUUGGUGGGCAAGAGAGAGGGUUUGACUAAAACUGAUUUGUAUAAAGUAUGAUUAUAAAUUUUGAGAAUCUCCAGGGAACAAAUUACUGUGCCAUACAAAUGUAAGUCAUUUUUUUUUUUUUUUUUACAUUCUCUAUCUAGUUAUUUUUAUACCAGUGUCAUACAUUUAUAUUGAUAUGUACGUGAUGCAUUAUAGAAAAAAGAAAAAAAUGAAAAAAGAAAAUCUUUAAUUUCAGUGCUUGUUUGAUGUUCAUACCACCAUUAGUAAACGUCUUGAUGGUAAAGUCAAGAAUUUUGAUUGUAAUGAGUCCAUUUUGGUGUUUAGAUGAAGUCAAUUUUAGAUUUAAGAGUGAAGAUAUACUUGGUAUAUUAAGCCAGGGUGUCAUUAAAUUACAUGAAAUUAUAUGAUGGUUGAUUUGACAUUAUUGGUCCAGAGAUUUACCAUAUGUGAUAUUAUUAAUGUCUUAGUAAGGUGCUUUGGUUGCAGUACCCUUAGUACAAACAAUCUCUAAUCAGCUCUAGUGCAAUAUUUUAAUAAAACCGAUAUCUACUGGAAAUAGAUUUUUAUAUGACAAUAGUUUAGGUGUCAAUGAGGAGAAGUUCAAAAAUGGUAAACAUUAACAAAAGGGUAAAGUUGUUUAAAUGUCUCUUGGUUAAUUGAAGUGAAAUGAUUGAUUAGAUCUUAAAAUUGGGUUAUUAGUUUCUUGUGUACAUGGCGAAUUAAUGGUGAUACUGGACACUUCUCUGAUACGAGAACUGCAACUCUGGUUUUCCUCCAAGAAAUGCAGUAUUAGUGUGUUAUAAGAGGCCAGUGAAAUUAUGAUAAAUACUAUAAAAGAUGAGGACCACUUGAUAAAACCGUUUGAUAAAGUAUUUAGUUGCGGCUCAGGUUUACUUCUUGAUAGUAUGGUGAGCACAGUAGAGUCCAUUCAUAAAGCAUCAGGAAAUGGAGGGAGUGCUUAGGGAAUUAAAGUUAUUCAGGAGCUAAGUAUUAUGUGAGGAUACUUUGUACAUGCAGUUUUAAAGCCUAUUUUGUGAAUCAAAAUGUCAUUCUAGUGAAUGUAUGGAGAUAGAGUUGGGAAGUACUGUUGGUACUGUUAGGACCUGUUCACACCUGUUCAAACAAUUGAGCACUUGCUUGAAACUCGGUGUUAGGGCAAAAUUGACACCCAAACCAAGGAAGGGUACAAGUGGUUGAGAUAAGGCUCUCUGCCUUGUAGUUUGAGCAUUUGCUGCCCAGUAUGGACAGACAACCCUGCCAGACACCAGCACUCCUGUGUGUAUGACACAAAGUCUGCUUGACAUUCAGUUGUGUGAACAGAGCCUAAACUUUUUAAAGUUUCCUCCACUUUGAAAAUUAUAUACUUAAGAGUAUCAGUUACUGCAGCCACUAGGAAAAAGGCUCCAAUUUCAUGGUGUUUCUUGAAAAACAAUUGUGCCAUUGUAAAGUAUUGCCAGUACUUUUUUUUUUUUUUUACAAUACUUGUGUUGCCAUUAUUUUAGGAAUUGGUAUAACUGGAGGUACCACUAGUAGAUUUGGAGUUAUUUUCCUCGGGGUUGCGGUGAUUGACUUUUUUGUGUGUAAUCAUGUGGAAGAUAAUUUCCAAGUCUAAAAGCAAUGGUACUUUUUGUCUCUGUUUACCAGUGUAAUAGAAUAGGAUUUUUGCAUUGCAUAUGGUAAGGAGUAAGGUUACAGGUGAACAUUCAUGCCCUAGAAUAAGCAUAGACCGUAUUAAGGAAAUGAUAGUUAAAUAGUAAUUAAGAUUGUUGCUCAUGAUAGUUUAUAUAUAUUCUGAUAAAUAAAAAAAAGAUGUCAAGUCCAUAAAUGUGAGGCAGAAAA